AUGAGCCUUUCCUUGAUAGGAAUCGGUUAUUUUGCACUACAUCUUGAGGAGAAAGUGGGCAUAAAAAACUGGCUUUACUACUGUUAUAUCAUCAUCGGAAUCGGCUCCCUAGCUGGCAUGGCUUCUAUCAUUUGGCUAAGGAAGGCACACAUGGAAGGAAAAUACUACAGAGAUCUUCAGAAGCGCUUGAUGAUCAUGAACCAACCGAAUCGAUUCGAGACUAGAGUGGUAAAAUGCCGUCAAUCUAUCCACCCAUCAAAACUCAGCUUUUCUUGA